AUGGCAAAAAACAAGACGUCAAAUAAGCAAUUACCAGUUCAUAAUCCGGCUACAUUACCCCCACAGGAAAUCCUAGAUCUUUUCAAAGUUACAUUCAAUGAAGAAUUAUACGUGGAGGAUAUAGAAAAAUUACAAGCUGAUAUUCAAGAUGUCAAAUCUAGUUUGUUUAAUCGAGAAUAUAUUGAAGCUUUUGAUGAUGAUAUUAAAAGAACUGCAUAUUGUAUAAGAUGGUCAUCUUCUCGUGCGAUGGCUUACGCGUCUUUAUUUGCAUUCUUUGAUCCCAUCAAGAAAAUUAUUCAAUGCCACUCAUCAGAGGAUCAAGCAGUAUUGUGUAUAGGUGGUGGUGCAGGCGGGGAAUUAAUUGCAUUAUGUAGCAUGUUUGUUUAUUCACAAAAUAUGACAAAAAAAUUCUCCACUAAUAACGAAGAUGUAGCAGAAAGUCCGAAGUUGAAAUUAAAUUUGAUGGAUAUAGCAGAUUGGAGUUCUAUUAUAGAAAGAUUAGAAAAUCAAAUUAAUGAAAAAUGGUUAUACGGCGGUGGUAAUGAUACCUUAAAUAUUAAUUUUAUUCAUGAUGAUAUAUUAAAAAUGAAUUUCAAUGAGAAUAAUGUAUCUCUCUCCAAUAUUAAUUUAAUAACGUUAUUAUUUACCACAAAUGAACUUUUUACAGAACAUAAGACAGAGAGCAUCAGAUUAUUACAAAAAUUCAACAAAGAUUGUAAAUCAGGAUGCCAUUUAUUAAUAGUCGAAAGUGCUGGUAGUUAUUCACAUAUAACAGUGGGGAGAAAACAAUUCCCUAUUCAUUUCCUAAUAGACACAAUAUUGGUUGGUGUAAGAACUGGAGAUAAAUCACCUUCUGCCUGGUCAUUAGUAUCCGAGAAUGACAGCUUAUGGUAUCGUUGCGAUCCAAACUGUGACUACCCUCUAAAAGUGGAAAACAUGAGAUUUUUUAUCGUUUAUAUAAAAAAAAUUAAAUAA